UUAUACUCGUCGCACUUUUGUUAAUCGCACAAAUUUUUGCUUUGAACUAAACUGAUCCGUUCCGUUCGUCUGGACCCAGCGUUUGUCAAUUUGUCAUCAAUUUUGAUAAAGAUAAUUUUGUUUGAAGCAAAAAUUUUACAAAUCAGCCCCUAAGAUAAGCAAUGAUUUCUUCGUAAAUUUUAAUUUUUUUCAUAGGAUCAGUCAACAUUCUUACACAGAGAAAAUGGCUAAAGUAACAUUAAAAAUUAGCAAUGAAUUAGCUGCAUGUGAUCCCUGUGAUAAACCUAUUCUUAUUGUUGGGACAAAGACUCUUCUGUCUUCUCUCUCCUAUGAUACUAUUAAAAACAAGUUGCAGCCAGUUGUGUCAAAAGAGGUAUUUGAAUCUGCUGUUGAAUAUAUACAGACUUCUUCAUCUGAUUCAGUUCCUCUUUACAUGAGAGAUGCUGUUCUAGCUCGCCUGCCAUCUAGCUGUUCUCGUCAUAAUACUCCUUCACAAGUGCAUUAUUUAACUAAAUUAGUUAAAAGUUACAGUUUUCAAUCUGAUGGCUAUGUAGUGAUGGUAUGUGAAUACUCAAAUGCAUUUCCAUCUGCUUGUGCCAUAGCUCGAGCAUUUCCACUGUUCACCAAGAAAAAUGGUGGCUCUCCUCAUACUGUGACUGUUGAAUUCAUCAUCUUGUCACCUGAUGGUUCAAAAGUCUCUCCAUUGACUGAUGAAGAUUUAAAAUGUUUGACAGCAGCUGCAGAUGGCAUUAGAAUAGCUUCAAAGAUAGUAGAUACUCCCUGCAAUGACAUGAAUACUGACACCUUUCUUCAGGAAAUAAAAUUAGUUGCUGAUAAAUUAAGUGCCAAAUUAGAAGUUAUUCAAGGAGAAGAACUAGAUAAGAGAGGUCUUGGAGGUAUUUAUUCUGUUGGAAGAGCUGCAGAGCACCCACCCGCACUAGCAGUUCUUAGUCAUACUCCUCCAAAUGCAAAAGAAACCAUUGCUUGGGUUGGAAAAGGCAUUGUUUAUGAUACAGGUGGUCUCUGCAUAAAGUCUAGGUCUUCAAUGACUGGAAUGAAGAGGGAUUGUGGUGGAGCAGCUGCCAUUCUAGGAGCUUUUUAUGUCACAGUUUCAAUGGGCUUCAAAGAAAAUCUUCAUGCCAUUUUUUGUCUUGCAGAAAAUGCUGUGGGUCCCAAAUCCACUAGACCUGACGAUAUAAUUACCAUGUAUUCUGGAAAGACUGUAGAGGUAAAUAAUACUGAUGCUGAAGGUCGCCUUGUUUUAGGAGAUGGGGUAUUUUAUGCUAAAAAAGAUUUAUGUGCUACAACUAUAUUAGACAUGGCAACUUUAACUGGCGCUCAAGGAAUAUCGACAGGUAAAUACCAUGCUGCAUUAUUAACAAAUAGUGAAGAAUGGGAAAAGGCCACUGUUCGAGCUGGAAAAAAUUCUGGAGAUCUAAUCCAUCCUCUUCCCUAUACACCUGAGAUUCAUUUUAAUGAAUUUCAUAGCUGCAUGGCUGACAUGAAAAAUGCUGUAGCGGAUGCAAGUAAUGCUGCUUCAGCAUGUGCAGGUCUUUUUAUUGGUUCACACAUUGGAUUUGAUUUUGAUGGAAAUUGGAUUCACAUUGAUAUGUCCAAAGUUUCAUAUUCAGGUGAAAGGGCCACAGGAUAUGGAGUUGCUUUGUUAUCAACUUUAUUUGCUACUGCAUCAGACUGCCAAAUGUUACAAACAUUAGCACCACAAUUUGGAGAUGAAGACAAAUCCAUUUUUCAAGCUAGAAAAUGAUAAAUGAAUAUCAAAUAUCCUAGAGCCUUCCAGAUAAUCAAUUCCAAUGAACAAUUUUUAGUAAUUUUCAAUUAUUGCAAAGCUUCAUCUGUUGUAAGACUGUUGCUUAAUAUAAUUUGCUAUUUUUCAUGUUGAAAUUUCAACUGUGAAAACUAAUUUUUAUAAAUAAUAAAGUAUUUCUCAAAAUA